ACUGAUAUGGAGGUGCUGGUGUUGGAGUUGGGUGGACAAGGUGUGAAAAUCCCUUUCUUUUGGGGACGCUUCUAGUUGGAAAUGGAAUAUAUGGAUGAACCUUGCCCUUUCAAAUCUCCUUGCCAGCAGGAAAGUAAAAAGAAACUAUCAGGUUCUUGGAAUGAGAAUCCUAAAUCUUUGGUCAUUCCUGCUUCUCCCUUUAUGAAGAAGUUAGGCUACGGCACCGGAGUUAAUGUUUACCUCAUGAAAAGAUCCCCUACAGGCAAAUCAAGUUCUCCAUGGGCUGUGAAAAAGAUUAAUGCCAAGUGUAAUACAAAGCAGGAAAAUAUUUAUUUGAAGCGACUUCAGGAAGAAGCCAAACUUCUGAAAGAUAUUGAGCAUCCAAAUAUUGUUGGUUACAGAGCAUUUACGAAAGCAAGUGAUGGGACUCAAUGUCUAGCUAUGGAGUUUGGAGGAGAGAAGUCUUUGAAUGACCUGAUAGAAGAAAGGAAUGAAAAUGGCAAAGGACCUUUUCCUGCGUCUACCAUCCUGAAAGUAGCUUUACAUGUAGCUUGUGGAUUGAAGUAUCUGCAUAAUGAGAAAAGACUCUUGCAUGGAGAUAUCAAAUCUUCUAAUAUCGUCAUUAAAGGAGAUUUUCAGACCAUUAAGAUCUGUGAUGUUGGUGUUUCACUCAAAUUAGAUGAGAACAUGCAAGUAAGUGAUCCUAAAGCAACAUACAUUGGGACUGAACCAUGGAAACCACAAGAAGCUCUGGAAGAAAAUGGCCUAAUUACAGACAAAUCAGACAUGUUUGCCUAUGGCCUUACAUUAUGGGAAAUGAUUACUCUUUCUAUGCCUCAUAUAAAUAUUUCUGAAGACUCUGCAGAUGAGGAUGAAGACAGUUUUGAUGAAGAUGCUUACUAUGCAGCUUUAGGAACCAGGCCUGCACUCAACAUGGAUGAACUAGAUGAUUCCUACAGGCAGGUUAUUGAACUGUUCCUAGUUUGUACAAAUGAAAAUCCUAAAAAACGCCCCUCAGCUGCACAGAUAGUAGAAGAAUUGGAGAAAGCAACUGAAAAGAAAUGAAGUUCAAUGAAAUGUUUUGCCCAACCUGUCUUUGUUUUAUGAAUGUACUUAUGUAAAAUUAAUUAUACUAACCCACUUUUAAAUUCUAAUGUUAAUGUCAUUAUAUUUUACAAGUUUAACUGAAUUGCAUGCAUUGAGCAACAUUUACAGAAUAUGACCCAAGUUUCAAGUAUUGAUUUCUGUCUAUAGAUUCAAGGUGAUCUGUUCAGUAUACCAUGUGGGGCUAAGCUGAAAUGUAUGACUGGCCUAAACUGUAGGACUCCAUUUUUGUUGAUGCCAUUGCAGAAAUUUUGUUUUAAGAUACUGAACUCUGAUGUUAGAGCAUGUGACACUUUGAAUUUGCUCUAAUUCUGUUUAAACAAUAUUAAAACUACCACAAUCAAGUGUGGCUCAUGUUAAUUAAAACAAAACCAUUCUCCCAAAUACUUAUCAUUACAUGGUCUCUAGAUUUGUACUCACUAAGAUGGCUAAAUAUUGUAGUAUUCUACCUUUCAUAUUGCUCUUAUUAUGUGAGAUCAGCUUGGUUUGUAUUUGUCACUAGUAGUAUGUAUGUUACUGAACUGUUCUUUUGUAAUUAGUGACUGGCUUUGACCUUUUAUUCUCUAACCACACUAUGAAUAAUUGUGAAGAUGUGAAUUUAGAUUUUGCAUAUAAGAAUGCUACCUCUUAGGGAAAGGGUAACACAAAUCUGGGGUCAAUCACCAGAAUUCUUCAUAACAACAUGCAAUUUUCAAAUUAAACAUGAAAUUAUACCCUUUAAAAAUGAGAAAAUCUUUUGAAAAUCAAAACAGAGAAUGAUUUGAAUACUACUUUAGGUUUAAUUAACUUUUUAUUGCAUUACAAUAAUGAGUAAUUUCUACAGAUGUUAACAAUGUGUUGGAUCAAAUGUUUUCAGGGGCAAAAAGCUGUUAAAAUAUG